AUGAAGAUAUCCAUAGAAUACUGCACUAAAUGUAAAUGGCACAACCGUGCUAUUUGGUACGUCCAAGAACUCCUUUACACUUUUGAUGGUAAAAUAGAUGAAAUCUCCUUGAAACCAAUAACUAAUCCUGCUGGAACUUUCAGAGUUCUUUAUGAUGACAAAGUGAUCUAUAGAAAGAAGAUGAAGACUGAUACUCAACCAAUGGAGAACACUUAUGAGGGAUUCCCCGAUUCCAAAUUCCUUAAACAGUUGAUAAGGAACGAACUUGACCCGGAGUUGAACCUUGGACAUAUUGACAAGUAUUCCACGGGAUUGAAUGAUGGUGAAUGUAAAGAGUGUAAGACUGAGUGA